AUGAACCCGCACAUUUCCAUCACCUCCUACCCGUCUACUUCAACGCAAGACGACCGCCGCCCCUCCUACCCCGACGACAUGUCGACUUCCUCCUCCAACUCUUCCAUCAGCGACCAGGAGAUGAAGAACGACCCCACACUACAGGCCCGGCCCCGGCUAGGGAGCAGAAAGUCGAGCGGCACCAUCAUAAUACCCCGCGACAGCCCCAACGUCGAGAUGAAGGAGGAAGAGGAGGAGUACGACGACGGCGAUGCGCGCACCAUGAGCCCUCGCCGGAGUAGCGAAGAGAUUGAGAAGAUGGGCCAGGAUGCUCGCCAAGCUCUGAUAGAACAAGCAAAAGCCCUCCAAGCCAGCCUCAUGCAGAUUGUCGACCGCGUCGAGGUCGUCAAGAACGAACACGAGAAGCUCGAGGGCGGCAACAAGUUUCUCCAAUCAUAUAUUGGCGAGCUGAUGCAGACCAGCAAGCUCACCUCCACCGGCGCUGGCAAAGCGUCCAAAGUCAAGGGCAAGGGCAGGGUUAUCAAAUAA